AUGAGGCGUUUCCUGAGCAGAAAGGGCCGCUUCUCCCUGCGCCAGAGCAAGUCCGGGACCCGGAGUGCCUCCAAAGAUUUCUACCUCGGUCUCCCAGCCACCAAUCAGAACUGGCCAGAGGCGUUUGGUUUCCGGCUUGGUGGCACUGGGCCCAGCUACAUCCUGUCCGUGGUGGAGGGCAGUAGUGCCUACCUGGCUGGCCUGCAGCCAGGGGACCAGGUGGUGGACAUCGAGGGCCAGGAUGUGACCAACCUCAGCACACCGGCGCUAAUCGCCCUGGCCCAGACCCUCAAGACUGUCCCACCCAGCAUUGGAGUGGUGUCACGGAUUGAACAGAUUGACAUCACCCCUGGCCCUGAUGGCCGUUUCGGAUUCACCAUUGUUGGAGACAGCCCUCUGAUGGUGGAGGACUGCAUGCCCAAUGGUCCGGCCGGUCGCAGUGGCCUGAAGGCUGGGGACUACGUCAUGGAGGUCAAUGGCAUCCCGGUGAAGCAUCACGAAACCGCAGCGGCCAUGAUCAAAGCAGCUCAGGGUCGACCUCUGCGUCUGGGCGUGCUCAGCAUGGCCCGGAGACCCAAGCGGUUGAGCAGCAGCAUGAGGGUGCUGUCACAGAGUGGGGACAGUGUCAGGGAGAGUCGCGCCCACAAGGCCAUGGAGUUCAAUAAGAAGGUGGAGGAAGUGCUAGGAGAGGAGCCAGAUGUGAAGGAACAGCUGUUUGAGGUGCUGAAGCAGUACGCUGCUGAGAGGGAUGUGGAGAGUCUGGCCGAGGCCCUGCCUGACAUCCUGAUCACAGAGGAACAUCAACAGCUGAUUGACAGCGUCAGGAUCUUCAUUCCCAAGAAACACCGGGAGCGUUUUGACGAGGUGGUUUCCCAGAGCCUGAUGAGCCGGCUCAAGGGCCGGAGCUUCAGUGACCCUAGCCGUAACCGCCUUCGACGCAGCCGGAGUGAGGAUCACCCCGAACGCCUUCUGGUCUCCACCCGUGCCAGCUCCGUGCCACGCACCCACGCUGAGGAAGGCGUGGUCCCCCCCGCCCGCGGCAUGCGCAAGACCACCUCACUCAUAGCUGGCCACUCCAGUGGCACCACCACCAACUGCAGGACAGUGAGAGUUUGCAAGGGCAACAUGAGUUUUGGCUUCACUCUUAGAGGUCAUGCUCCAGUGUGGAUUGAUUCUGUCAUCCCUGGAAGCCCAGCAGACAAAGCAGGUCUAAAACCAGGAGACCGCAUCCUGUUUCUCAAUGGACUGGACAUGAGGACCUCCUCCCAUGAGAAGGUGGUGUCCAUGCUGCAGGGCAGUGGUGCCAUGCCCACUCUGGUAGUGGAGGAUGGUCCACCUACUUUCACCCUGGCAGAACAGGACCUCGCGGGGGGCGGAGUUCCCACAGAACGCGCCCGCUCCCCUGUGCUCAGUUCCCUGCAGUGGGUGGCAGAGAUUCUCCCUCCCAGUAUCAGGGUUCAGGGUCGCACCUUCGGACAGCAGCUGGAACACCUGCUGACCAUCCAGGAGAGGUACACCAUCUGCAAGGCUUUGGAGAACUUCUUCCAGCACAGGAAUGUUGACACUCUGAUCGUGGAUGUGUUCCCGGUGCUGGAUACUCCAGCCAAACAGGUGAUCUGGCAGUUCGUUUACCAGCUGCUGACGUACGAGGAGCAGGAACACUGCCAGAACAAGAUCUCACGCUUUCUUGGAUUCAAAGCACCAGCACCUCCCCCUCCUCCGGAGCCCGAGGUUGCCCCUGAACCCCAUCGUCGUAGCAGCUCCAUGAGGGUAACAGGGACCACGUACAGGAGCAGUGUGAGGGGACGUAGCUCUGAUGACCUGGUCAUUGGCACACACUUGGGCAUGGGCCUCCGUACAGAGCCAGUGCUGGAGACAGGGAUGAGGUUGGCUCCAGGAGAGAGACAGUCAGGUGAUGGUACCUCCCUUCCCGAGACUCCCAACAAUCUCACCAAUCUGUCAGCAGUGUAUGCUGAACUGGAGAACAUGUAUUCAGCCAAGAGGUCCAAGUCUCUGAAGAGCCGCCCUCCUCCUGCCCCUGAGAGUUUGCUGGAUCUGGAACCUCCUUCGCGCUCAGCCUCCCCUACAAUACAUGCUAACACAGGUAGUAACCGCAAAGGUCCCCCACCCCCUACAUCUUGGCCGGAGCCUCUCCCCAGCCCCCCUCCAGCCCAGUUCUACCCAUCAGGGCUGACAAGCCAGACCAGUGGGGAGUCCAAUCCCUAUAUCAGUUUGGACAGCCCCCCACCGUCACCUCCAGAGCCCACUGACUACCCCUCAAGUCCUCCACCCCAUCGCAGCAGUAAGCGGCGUUACACCUUCUCCAAACCACCCCGUUCAGAGGACACAGAUCGCUUUCUGGACGCACUGAGUGAGCAGCUGGGACAGAGAGUGGCCAUCAUUGACGACUUUCUGACUCCUGAGAAUGACUAUGAGGAGGAUGUUGUGCAGAUGGGCUUCCCAGAUGAGGAGGAUGAGGAUAACGAAGAGGAUUUGGGGGUGGAUGACGAAGAAAAUGGAGGAUUUGUGGCUCCAGAGCUGAGCAGCCCAAGUGAUGUUCAAAGCAGCAGUGGAGAAGAGAAUGCCUCCUCUCUCACCUACUCCUCGUCCUCUGACCACAUCCCUCCUCCCCCCAUGACCCCUCCUCCACCCCCGCCUGUUCAGUUCAAUGACCCACCUCCUCCCCCUCCACUUAACUACACCCCCGAACACUCCCCAAGAGCAUAUGUGCCCAUUCGCCGGAAAUCUGGACCCCCUCCACCACCUCCACCCCGCAGUAAUCCACCACCUAAACGCCACUCUCUCCAUAAAGUGUUGCCCACAAGAGAGGACUUACAGGUCCAUGCUACCAUACAAGAGCUAAAAGCCUACCAAGAACAACAGGCCUACCAGGAAAGACAAGUCUAUGAGGAGCAACAAGCUUACAAGGAGAGGCAGGCGUAUGAAGAGCAGAAAGCCUAUGAAGAACAACAACUACUCCAAGAGCAGCAGGCCUUCCAGGAACAACAGGCCUAUCAGGAGAAAAUUUUCAAAGAGAGACAAGCUUAUGAAGAGCAGAAAGCCUAUGAGGAGCAAAAAGCUUUUGAAGAGCAACAAAUGUACCAGGAGCAACAAGCCUUCCAAGAAAGACAAGCAUACGAACAGCGUCAAGCCUACCAGGAACAAAAAGUGUACGAACAGCGUCAAGCCUACAAGGAGCAAAAAGCAUUCGAAGAACUUCAAGCCUACAAGGAGCGUAAAGCUUAUGAGGAGCAAAAAGCUUAUGAGGAGCAAAAAGCUUAUGAGGAGCAUCAGGCCUACGAAGAGCGUCAGGCCUACGAGGAGCGUCAGGCCUACGAGGAGCAACAGAUGCAACAGAUCUACCAGAGCCACCACUCAAUGCCUACACAGCCAACACAGCAGAAGGCCCACUCGCCACUUCCUCUCCAACAACUGCACCAGUCCCUACCCCCACUUCCCUCUCCAGACUCUACCCAUCACCACGCCAACCAUCCUCUCUAUAUGAUGCGCCAAGCACAGCAACAGCAGGCCCACCAGACUCAUCACCACCGACGUCAGUCUCGUUCAGCCCCUCCUCCACACCAGCCGUCUCCCCAACCGACAGCCCACCCCAGCCAACAAGGUCAGUACGCUGAGGGCAUCUACCAAAAGCUUCUGCACCAAGCUCACCAAAUGCAGCAAAUGCAGCCUCACCAUUCCUCAACAGAGCUUCUCCAUCAAGCUCACCAGAUGCAACGGGGUCAACAGCACCAUUCAUCCACUGAGCUGCUCCAUCAAAUGCACAAGCCCCAGGCCCACCACUCCUCCACAGAGCUGCUCCAUCAAGCCCAUCAGAUGCAUCAACCCAAGCCCCAUCACUCCUCCACAGAGCUUCUGCAUCAAGCCCAGCAAGAGCCUGCCUCCCUCCCAGUUCAGCUAAAACGGGACAGCCACGCACACCAGAGCCGUAGAAGUCUUAAAGGUCUUCAUCAAACCCAAGUGUCACCUCAAGGGAGACACCAGGAGCAGCAGAUCCACCAAACCCAUCAUCCCCAGCCCACCAAACCCUCUCCCCAAAGACCCCACUCUAUCCAGCAGACUCACCACCACUCCAGCACACCUCAGAUCCACCACAUCCACCACAUAACUCCACAGCCCCCGCCACAGGACUACCAACACCAGAUUCAUGUCAUCCACCCUCCCCAGCAGCCCCACAGGCCUCAGCCUCUUCUCUCUACCUUUCAGCCCCUCCAGCCGCACCAGCCCACCCUCUCCACUUUUCAGCCUCUUCCCCAACACCACCAAUCACAGCACCAAGUCCAGUCCUCCACCCAAACCGCUCGUCCUCAGUCCCAGCCCUCACAUCACCUGCUGCAGUCCCAACACCAGCCACAAUCCCAGUCAUCCCACCAUAAACAAGCCCAUGGCCAGAGUCAGCCCCAGUCCCUCCCCCACUCUCUGUCUGAUCCCACAGAGCACCUAGAGCCCCCUCCGCCUCCACCCCUGCCCCCACCUUGCUCCCCACCACCAUUGCCAAGGCCAAGUUUGUCCAGGAUGGACUCCAAUCACAUGAGCGUGAAGAGGCUGCGCUGGGAGCAAGUGGAAAAUUCAGAGGGCACUAUCUGGGGACAGUUGGGAGCAAAUUCUGACUAUGAAAAACUACAUGACAUGGUGAAGUAUCUGGAUCUGGAGCUGCACUUUGGGACACAGAAGAGCUCCAUUCCUGCUCCAGAGCCAUCCCUCCAGCCAGAAACCUUCAAGAAGAAAGAUGUGAUAGAAAUUCUGUCCCAUAAGAAGGCAUACAAUGCCUCCAUCCUGAUAGCCCACCUGAAGCUGUCUCCUGGGGAGCUGCGUCAGGUGCUGAUGAACAUGGUCACUGACAGGCUGGAGCCAGCCCACAUUAAACAGCUGCUGCUGUACGCCCCCGAUGCAGAGGAGGUCAAAAAGUACGAAGAGUACAGACAGGACCCCAGCAAACUCAGUGAGCCGGACCAGUUUGUUUUGCAGAUGUUAUCAGUACCAGAGUACAAGACACGCCUGCAGAGCCUCCUCUUCAAGUGUUCUCUACAGGAGAAGACAGAGGAGUUGAGGGGAGCGUAUGACUGUAUCUGCAAGGCCUCCAUGGAGCUGAAGACCAGCAAGAAGCUAGCUAAGAUACUGGAGUUUGUGCUGGCGAUGGGCAACUACUUGAAUAACAGCCAGCCUAAAACCAACAAGACGACAGGCUUCAAGAUCAACUUCCUUACAGAGUUGAGCACAACAAAAACAGUUGAUGGGAAGUCGACAUUUCUUCACAUUCUGGUCAAGUCGUUAUGUCAGCACUUUCCUGAUGUGUUGGAUUUUUCCAAAGAUCUUACCAUGGUUCCUCUUGCAGCCAAAGUGAACCAGAGGACUAUCACAUCAGAUCUAAAUGACCUUCAUACAACCAUCCAGGACAUUCGCUCAGCCUGUCAGAAGAUGCCUGCGACUGCUGAGGACCGUUUUGCGGUUGUGAUGAGUAACUUCUUGGAAAACAGUCACCCAGCAGUCCAAUCUCUGGAGUCCCUACAACAGAGAGCAAUGGAAGAAUUCAGCAAGACUGCCUCUUACUUUGGAGAAGACAGCAAAGCCACCAACACGGAGGCUUUCUUUGGCAUCUUUGCUGAAUUCAUGAGCAAGUUUGAGAGAGCUCUCAGUGAUCAUCAGGCUGCCGAAAACCCCAAGAGCCCCAGGAGUCCACGAAUGGCUUCCCCACUGGCCUGGUAA